UUAAGUUGUAUUUUUAAAGUUUUUUUUUAUUGAAAACGUGUGAAAAUGCAAAGACGGAAUUGUAAAGUUGAUUCAAAGUGGUUUUGUUAUGUUUGCAAAUCUUAUAUGAUCAGAAAAACUGGCAAAGUUAUUACUAAUGUAAUCAGAAAUGCAUAUUUUUAUUAUUUUGGUUUCUCUGUAUCAAACACUCACAAGCCGUGGGUACCGAAAUUGUUUUGUAACGCGUAUAGCACAAUAUCAUACAAGUGGUCACGCGGUAAAAAAGUAUGUUUUUCAUUUUCAUUGCCAAUGUUAUGGAGAGAGCCGAAAAAUCAUGUAGAUUAUUGUUACUUUUGCUUGAUGAAUGUCGUCAGUCUAAAUGCAAAAAAACUAGCAAAAUAUAAAUAUCCUGAAGUAUCAUCAGUGUCUAAGCCAGUUCCUCAUGCGAGCAAUGAUCCUUUGCCAAUUUGUCCAGGUACGAGUGCAAAUUUCAUGGAAACUUGUAGUUCAUCACCGACGAACAGUGGAAGCGAUUUUAACAUGGAUGAAACAUAUUUAGUUUCGCAAAGUGAACUCAAUGAUUUGGUUCGUAAUUUGAAUUUAUCGAAACAAAAAUCAGAAUUGCUCGCAUCACGGAUACAAGAGUGGAAAUAUCUUGACACUUAAACAAAAGUCACUGUAUAUAGAACCAGAAAUGAGACGCUUUUACCGUUUUUCAAAAAAGAGGAGAAAAGAUGCU